UCUCGUCGGUCGACUAACCCUCUGCUAUUUUUGAGCAGAGAGUUUCUAGGUAUUGUCUGUCCCUCGGGAUCUAGUCGGGGAACGGGCCUUGUCAAAAACGGAUGUCCGAUCAGCGAUGGGCUCUGAGGAGGAUCUGAAAGAGGCCGAGACUUCGCCUCUCAAAGCCAAAAUACAGUCGAUUCUGGGCCAUGUGGGAUUAUGCCUGGCUCUCACACUGUACACUGUCGUUGGCGGAAUUGUGUUUAGAACGCUAGAGUAUCCUUCAGAACUGGACAAUUUAGCCAAAUCAUUCGCCGAAGUUCGACAGCAAAGGGGUGAAUUCCUCAAAGAGAUAAUCCAAGGCAGAAUCGGAGAGGGGAAUCUUGACAAUUUCGAUGAAGUCCUUGAAAAAAGUCUUGCAGAAUAUGAGAUAUCCGUGCAAAACGCAGUUAAAUCAGGGAUUGAGUUCCCACUCGAUCAGGUGAAAUCAAUUGUGGAUCUCGCCAGAUGGAAUGACUUGCAGAGUAUAUUUUUUGCAUCCACCGUUAUCACGACCAUAGGGUAUGGAAACAUUGUACCUGUAACAUUCAACGGAAGACUCUUUUGUCUAUUCUACGCUCUGAUUGGGAUUCCUCUCUGCUUGACAGUGAUAGCAGAUUUAGGUGGAAUCCUAGCAGAUUAUUGUUCAGGACUGCCUGCUCUUUUCGACAAAGUAGGCGGAGUAAUGAGUAAAUCCUUGAUAUCAGCAUUCGCCGCACUUGUGUUUCUAUUUUUGUUUCUGUCCAUCGGAGCAGUCAUUUUCAUGUAUGUUGAAGAUGAAUGGACUUUUUUCGACAGCUUUUACUUUUGUUUCAUCACAAUGACCACUAUAGGGUUUGGGGACUUGGUGCCUCAAAAACCGCAGUAUAUGUUGGUUUGCACUUUGUACAUCCUGAUUGGGCUCGGCCUCACAUCCACAAUUAUCGAAGUAGUUAGAAAUGAAUAUGCGAAAUCUUGGGAGCGACUCCAGGCUCUGGCAGAAGCUCUUAAAAAGCUGAGCGAAGCUGGCGGAUCUGAUGUCGCAGCUUUUCAAAAUGACUUGAAGAAAAUGGUUGCUGUGAUGGAUAAAAGGAAAAGCGCUUCUAAAAUGUGGGAUAAAACAUUCGAAUCCAUUUUGCAAAGUGUCAACCAACCAAAACCGCAGCCUAAAAUUGUACAGAUUAUCGUUUAUGAAACAUCUGUCUAAAACUAAGUGUUUUUCUAUGUUUUAUUUAAUUAAAUGGUUUAUAGUUUUGUUA